GAAGAGAAGCGAGAGAGGGGAGAGGAGGGGCGUGCGCAUGUGCGGCAGUGAGACGAAGAAGAAGGAGGAGGCGGAGGAGGAGGAAAAGGAGGUGUUGCGAGAGGGGCUGAUAAGAGCACAGGAGAGAGGGGAACAAAAAAAACAACAAAAAAGGAUGGAGACAUCACGGUGUGGUCCUGGAGAUAAACACCUAUAGAGGAGUGGUGUACCACCAUACAUCCCAUCCGCCCUUAUAAGCCACGUCGCAAGAGGAGGAGGAAGGAUGGAGAGACGAGAGAGAGACGCUCAUCCAGGUGGCGUGAAGGACCUCCAUCUUCUCUCUGCGUGCUUGUGAAUCAACGCAAUCUGGAACAGUGAGGCCAAGGUAGACGCACCAAAGUUAUCUGGAGGGCACUUUAUCAGUUUCAGAAGCGGGAGACAAGCACCGAGGAAUACUUGAGACUGUUAUCACUUCCUCUACGUUCACUCCCACAUUGGAGGAAUUCAGAAAAGCCUCAAAGGACACCUCCUCUCCGAAAUAAACGGACCACCCUGAGUAAAUUUGGCUGAGGGUUAUCCUAAAUUGUGACAUCUGACAUCAUCUAUAGGUGCUGAGUGUGGGUUUCUGCUAAUACGUCAACGCUGGUCAAAUAAGCUAGACUGUUUAUCCACAAGGUGCUCUGGCUCAACUCUUCUACCCGUCAAGCCCUCACAAGGACUCAGGCUGACAGCAGCAACCAGCAGGAUUGGGGGCGGGGUCUCUAAGGGCAACAUGGAGGCUGUUAUCCGUCCCCAUGUGCCCUCCAAUGGCUGACUUCGCCACAACAGCACUUGCCAGUCCUCUCUACCACCACAAGGCAGGGGCGAGCACUCCUUUUUAGAGCCUCUUUGUCGUCCGCUUCCCAGAUUCCCGAAUGUCCUGCCUCAGGCGUCAGCCGGUCACCAUCCCAAUGGACACGGUCAAGAUCAUCCAGUCGGAGAAGUUCCCCAGGGAGUGCCCUGUGCCCGUCACCCAGCCCCGCUUCGCCCCGCCACCCAGAGUGGCGUGGGACGGUGGAGGCGAAGGCGAGAUCAUCGUCAACCAAGCCUGCAGCGACCUGACACUCGACAUAGCGGCGCCACCACCCAGGCCCAUGGUGUCCCCCACGGCCCCGGCCCUUCGCAGGGAGCAGAGCUUCUUAGCGCAGCGCAAAACCAGUGCCAACGAGAUUUGCUACCACCAGUUCCACUACAAGAUGGAGGACGUCAUCGUCAACCAGUAUGUGCUGCGCUCCUCCUCCACCUCGUCGUCCACUUCCUCGUCAUCAUCCUCCGGGCCGGUCAUGCCCUGCGAGCCCCUUGACUGCCCCACCUGCGGCCACACCUACAACUUUGCCGGCAAGCGUCCUCGCAUCCUGUCCUGCCUGCACUCGGUGUGCGAGGAGUGCUUGCAGAUCCUCUACGAAUCAUGCCCCAAGUACAAAUUCAUCUCCUGCCCCACCUGCCGCCGCGAGACGGUGCUGUUCACCGAUUACGGCCUGGCGGCCCUCGCCAUCAACACCAGCAUCCUGAGCCGGCUGCCCGCCGACCCCAACGGGCCGGUGCAGUGGGGCGGGGACGCCGACCGCAGCUGCUACCAGACUGUGCGCCAGUACUGCCAGUCGGCCUGCACCUGCCAUAUCGCCAACCCUUUGUCCUCCUGCGGCAUCAUGUAGAAACGCUGCUCAGCCACACCUUUGUCGACUAUAAGCUCUCCCUCUCACACACGCAUAUUCAGUAAAUAACCCCCCUCCCCACAGAUGAGUGAUCUCUAUAUAUUUAAUAGCACAGAUGGAUGCUGUGUGGUGGACCAAUGAAUGCAGAUGGUUCAAUAAAUAGUAAAUAUAUGUAUUUUAUGUAUGGACUGGAAUCCUGUUCACCCUCUCUUGUUUGGUUGGAUGUGUUUGUCAUCUCUUUUCAUGGGAAUGCCAGGUGCCCCAAUAAAGACUCAAUUCAUGAAAAAAAAA